CCUUUUCAUCUCUCUCUCUCUCUGUGCUGUGGAAUAAUAGUUGGCGAUGUUUUCACUCUCUCCGGCGACGAUGAACUCAUCGCCGAGGAAAUGAGCUUGCCGUGCUUCCUUCUAACACCUCCUUCUGUGAGUUUCUUCCUCCUCGUUCUCUUCCCUUUCCGGUCGCCGGUAAAUUUUCCCGGCGUUCUCACACGGACUGAACUACCUCGUGAUUCUGUUAUCUUAUUUUUGCUUUCUUCUUUUUUCUCUCUCUUACGACUUCUUUAGCUGUUUGCUUGUGUUACCUGUUUCAUUUGAUUUUUUGAUCGGAUCGAAUUUCGCCGUCGGAAUCAUAGUUGCCGGCGACGAUGAAGCGACGUUAGUUGUGUAUGUUUUAGGUGACUUUGAUAAACUUCAGAAAUCAUAAAUAGAGAAGAAGAAUUUUUUAAGAGUUCAGUUUAGUUGAAGAUUUAACACCAUGUUAGAUCUUAAUCUCAAUGCGGACUCGACCGAUUCGACUCAGAACGGCGACUCGCCGGUGCUGCUGGGGAAUUUUCCAGAAGGUUCAUGGAAUCAAAUGGCGGAGUCGGGGACCUCGAAUUCCUCCGUCGUCAAUGCGGACGGGUCCAGCAACUGUGGAGGCGACGAGGACUCGUGCUCGACGCGCGUCGACGACGUGUUUACAUUCAAUUUCGAUAUCCUUAAAGUGGAAGGAGGGAACGGCGUCGUAACGAAGGAGCUGUUCCCCGUGAUUGGAGGAGGUAAAGGAGAGGACGAGGGCGGGUCAGGGAAUUGGCAAGGGCAGGCUACGUCGUCGUUUCCACCGAGGAAUGGGUUGGUUGAUCUCUUGUACGAUCGCCAGGGCGGGAACGGCGAGGUGAAGAAGGUUCAAGUUCAGGUUCAGCAACGAGCGAAGAAAAGUAGGAGGGGACCAAGGUCUCGGAGCUCGCAAUACAGAGGGGUCACCUUCUACAGGAGGACCGGAAGAUGGGAAUCGCAUAUCUGGGAUUGCGGGAAACAAGUCUAUUUGGGUGGAUUUGACACAGCUCAUGCUGCUGCUAGAGCCUAUGAUCGAGCUGCUAUUAAGUUCAGGGGAGUUGAUGCUGACAUCAAUUUCAAUCUGAGUGAUUAUGAGGAUGAUCUUAAACAGAUGAAGAAUUUAUCCAAGGAGGAAUUUGUACACAUACUCCGUCGCCAUAGUACUGGUUUCUCAAGGGGGAGUUCAAAAUACCGAGGAGUUACACUCCACAAAUGUGGCCGUUGGGAAGCUCGAAUGGGGCAAUUCCUUGGCAAAAAGUAUAUAUAUCUUGGGUUAUUCGACAGCGAAGUAGAAGCUGCAAGGGCUUAUGACAAGGCAGCUAUCAAAUGCAGUGGAAGGGAAGCAGUGACUAACUUUGAGCCAAGUUCAUACCAAGGAGAGAUGAAACCUGCAGCCAUUAAUGAAGCAGGUGGCAGUCACAAUCUUGACCUCAAUUUGGGCAUAGCGACUCCAGGACCUGGUCCCAAAGAAAAUUGGGGGCAACUUCAGUUCCCCUCCGUACCUUACAACAUGCACGCAGGAACAAAUUCAAUGAUGGAAACAAAUGUUAAUUCUAGAACUGGAAAUCCAUCUUUGAAAAGGCUGGUUGUAACUGAAGAGCGACCUUUUGUAUGGAAUGGCAUGUCUACUAGUUUCUUUCCCAGUGAGCAGGAAAAAGCAGAUAGAAUCAGCAUAGAUCCAUCAAAAGGACUCCCCGAUUGGGCGUGGCAAACGCAUGGCCAGGUCACUGCUACCCCAGUACCACAGUUCUCUGCUGCAGCAUCAUCAGGAUUCUCAAUUUCAGCUACCUUUCCAUCGACUUCCAUCUUUCCGACAAGAUCUAUGAACUCAAUUCCCCAGAGUCUCUGUUUUACUUCAUCCAGCGCACCUAGCAGCAACACAUCUCAAUAUUAUUACCAGGUUAAGCCCCCGCAGGCACCACCCUAGCCUAUAUUGUAAUUCAGAUGAAAGGCAAACCAUAAGUAGUGUUUGCGUUCAAAAUUCUUUGUAAAAAUUCAGUAACUGGUUGACGUAUUCCGAGACUUGGCACCUGAUUGUUACCUCUUGUUUAAACCAUUAUGGACCUAGUUUGGAUGAAUUAUAUUUGAAGGAAAUGCUAUUUUUC